ACCUUACCUUACCUAACCUUACCCCAUGUAUCAGCAUCUGCAAAUCCCAUCCGUGACAAUCUUCAGUACACUACUCCGUACUUCCUACCUCUCCGAAACGCCCGGGAUGAUCGCCUUCAAAUGUUUCUCCGAUCUCUCGGCGUUUACUGAUCUACCCAAAGGUAAUGCGUCCUGACUCGGCCAAAAAUUCGACACCGAUCCGAUGAGCACCGUUUGGCAGACUCCCGUUCGCGCGCCGACUUCCCUCCGCGACGGAACCAUGACGCCACACACAAAUUUUUUUUUUUUUUUUUUUUUUUUUUUCCUCUCUGACUCCUCUCCGCCAAAGAAAUUCCGCGCGGAACCUGCUCCGGAGUACGUGAAGCCAUCGUGACAAUGACAUCCGCCAACGCGCGAGGGGGAAAAAACUCAAGACUCCGCUCGGAAUGGCCAUGUACAGAAAACAGAUACUGUGACCUGUCUUUCGGACCCCCCAUCCUUUCCCCAGAUAUCGGAAGAUUCACACAAUCAUUCCAGAAAGUCUGCGCAUCGCCUCCCCCGGAUGACGUCGCGUCUUGGGUUCGGGGGGGGCGGGUUACGUGGUCGUCACAUUUUCUUUCCCAGUGGCCCGGACUCGCCAGUUUAAGGUCAACUUUGUCAUCAAGCUUCGUCGGGUUCUCCAGUACUCCGUACACGUGUACAGCAAACCUGCAAAAGCACGCAUCAGUCAUUCCCCAGUUGACACGCACGUACAUGGGGCCAAAAAGGCCCUUCCCAUCCUGCUGGGUUCCCCCGUUCUCGGGCGAGAACCGAUGUCUCUCCCCCUCUAUCCGCUUUCAUGAUAACAAGGUGGAUAGACGGGCGCAACUUGGACAUUUCCUUCGCCACGAAAAGAACCGUAGAAUGUCAUCCCACAGCCCUACGGUGGCGGCGGGCGGCGACAGCGGCACGGAUGCGAAAAGUGGACAGAUCCGUCACGGUCGGAGAUAAAUCUGGGUUUCUGCUAUUGACCGUCUAGGCCCAUAACCAAUAGAUUCCCAGUUGGCAGUUGGCACUUUGCUAGAUAGCUAUGGUA